GUCUUCUAUAGGUAAAAGUUUAAUGAUUGUAAUGUUAUAUCAUGCCUUAGCACUUUGGGGAUAUACUGCAUCAAUUGGAAACAUGGACUUGUUACUAUUCAGAUCAAUAGCAGCACCACAACCUGAAGAUUGCCAGUUAGACCAGUGGUCACAGUGGACUUCCUGUUUCCCUUGCCAACAAAAGAAGUACAGGUACAGGAAGCUUCUUCAGCCAGCAAAAUAUGAAGGGAGACCCUGUGUUGGUAGCCUGUGGGCAUCAAUGGCUUGCCAAACAGCACAAAAAUGUGUUCCAGAAAAUAAUUGUGGAAAUGAUUUUCAGUGUCGAGACAGUGGUCGCUGCAUUAAAAGACGAUUGGUUUGCAAUGGAGAUCUAGAUUGUAGGGAUUCAUCUGAUGAGGAGGACUGUGAUGCCCCAGAGCAUGAAACUUUCUGCAAAACACUUUUUCCAAUCCCUGGAGCUGAAAAAUCUGUGCGAGGGAUAAAUAUACUAACUCACGAAGACACACGGAAUGUAAUAGAUCACAAUUACUUUGGCGGUCAAUGUGAAUAUAUUUACAAUGGGGAAUGGAGAGAACUGAGGUAUGAACCCGUGUGUGAACAAAUGUAUUAUUCUGAUGAGGAGAAGUAUUUUCGAAAACCAUACAACUUCCAUAUAUACCAGUUUCUUGCCCGGGCUGACACUAAAAUGUCUAUUGAAAUUUAUGAGGAUUCCAAAGACGUUGUUAAUGCUGUGAAAAGAGACUUUUCCUUUAACAUUGGACUGACAUUUGGAAUCAGUGUUCCAGAAGCACCUGUUGGCCUUGAAUUAGGCUUGAAUUAUGGAUUGAAGACAUCCUUUCUGAAAAAAAUUACAUCUUUUAAUCAAAAGAAUCUAGAAUUUGUGAGAAUGGUAACUAAAAUCCAAACAGCUCGAUUUAAGAUGAGAAGGAAUUUGUUAACAUUGGAUGAAGAUGCAAUGCAGUCACUAAUGGAACUUCCUGAUGAGUAUAAUUAUGGACUAUAUGCCCAAUUUAUCAAUGAUUUUGGUACACAUUACACAACAUCCGGAACAAUGGGAGGUUUGGUGGAAAACAUUGUUGUGCUGGAUAAAGAGAUCAUGAAAAAGCAAGAGAUCACAGCUUCUAUGGUUUCACACUGUUUUGGUGCUUCUGUCAGGCUAUCAGUUCAGACAGAAUUUGAAGAAAUAAUACCUUCAUUAAAACUAUCAGGAGACUUCUGCACAAAGUUUGAAAGAGAAAAUCAAGAUAAUUCAUCAAGUUCAAGAGCAAUUAAGGAUGUUAUCACUUAUGUAAUAGGAGGAGACAGUGGGUCUGCUGGUGGCAUUUUGAAUGUUUUUGAUGGAAGAAUGUAUCGUUAUUGGGGAAGGUCACUAAAAUAUAAUCCAGCAGUAAUUGAUUUUGAGAUACAACCUAUAUAUGAAGGAUUACAGCAAACAGGUCUCUCUGGAAUUGAGGCAAAGAGGCAGAACUUGAAAAGGGCAUAUAAUGAAUAUCUGAGUGAGUUUGACCCAUGCCGCUGUGGUCCAUGCCACAAUAAUGGAAUGCCUAUGCUGGAAAAUAAUGUGUGUACCUGCUUGUGUGCUGCAGGAUUUAAUGGUCCUUCAUGUGAAAAUACAUUACGCAAAGAUGUUAAAGCUGAUGGCAGAUGGAGCUGCUGGUCUCCAUGGACCCAAUGCCAGUCUGGAAAGAGGCAGCGUACACGUGAAUGCAACAAUCCCGCUCCCAAAAAUGGUGGUGCUUGGUGCCUUGGAAAAAGUCUUCAAAGUGAACCAUGUUAAUAAUUGCCUUGCUAAUCAUUUAAUAGUUCACCAAAUAAUAAUCAAUUUGUAUUGUAAACGGUUGGCAGAAGAGACCUAACAUCUUCAUACUAUUGUUUUGGAAACAUUUACUGUAAUUCCAUUGAUGUUGUACAUUAGACUUCAUAAAGACUGCUAAAAGCAAUCUAUAAUGCA